AUGUCUGCGAAAACGAUUUACGGUAAAAUGUCCUCCCUGGCAAAGAUCCAGAUGCCUAGCACUAUGGGCAAGCGUCUGUUGACCAAGUGUCGUAUGCUAAUUCAAGAAAACGAAGAGCUUGGUCGCAUGACUAGUAGUGGUCGGAUUUCUAAAUUAGAAGCUGACCUGGCAGUGUCUAAGUCAGCCUGUGAAGAACUAAAGAAAAGUCAGACAGAAAUCGACGACUUUCUUUUGGAAAUGGAUGAAGACAUGGAGGGAAUGCAGACAACGAUAAUGUUCCUUCAGCAACAGGUCAGUGACCUCCGCGCUGAAAACCAGCAUCUCAGGCACCUGGUUGCGAAGAACGGUGACGUUGACUUGGCUGAUUCUGCUUCCCACGAUGCUCUCUAUUCAGACUUCUCUGUCGAACAGCCGACCAGCUCCAAGGAAGAAUCGGUCGGUCUUAAGGGCGUCGAGGAAAUCGACAGUGCCGAAUCGAUAGGAACGUAUUCGAUGACGGAUGAUGGCCGAAACAGUGGUGAAUCGACUUUUGCAGAUGCAGACGUAGACGCGCAUAGUCCGGCCUGGAUCGAGAAUAACAGUGAUGUGUCGUUCUCUUCGUGGUACCUGCUGGAUUAA